GGGGAUAAAGGCGCAGCGGCCAUGUUGGCGGGGGAGAGCGCGGGAGAUUCAGAGUGACACUGUCCGGGUAGCCAUCUUGCUGGUGGCAGAGCGCGAUGUGGGAGCCGUACUGCCCGGUGUCGGCCGGUCUGGGCCGGGAGGAGAGCUUCCUGUCCCUGCAGGACCUGCUCAUGUCCCAGGAGAAACUGCCAUGCCGGACAGAGAGCAACUUCCCCCGCCUGGGCUUCCUGGACAAAGGGGGGGACAGCCAGCUCAUCCCACAGGGCACCAAGAUGGAGCUGUCACUCUGGUUGGCCAAAGGUCUGUAUGAUAACAAACGCCGGGUACUUUCUGUGGAGCUUCCCAGGAUUUACAGAGAAGGAUGGCGUACAGUCUUCAGUGCAGAUGCCAAUGUGGUGGAUUUGCACAAGAUGGGCCCUUAUUAUUACGGAUUUGGCUCUCAGCUUCUCAGUUUUGAUAGUCCAGAAAACACAGAGAUUGCCAAAACAAUAUUACAGACUUUUGUGGGCCGUUUCCGGCGUAUUAUGGACUCCUCACAAAAUGCUUACAACGAGGAUACUUCUGGCUUGGUGUCACGGCUGGAUGAAUUGGAACGAGGCUUAUUCCGAGAUGGCCAGAAAGGGCUGAAUGCAUUUCAGAGUUGGGAAAGGGGAAGAGCUGCCCAGAUUACAGCCUCAGGUCUGGUGCAGAGCUACCGAAAGAGGAAGUUUAAUGAGACAGAGACCUAAAGCAGUGGAUGUCGUUUAUCGGACGGCCGUGCCCAGUCUUCAGCCUGCAAGGUUUUUCACACGGAGAAUCAAUAGGUGACUUCCAGGCUGCUCUCCUCCCUUGCAGCUUGAAUUCAUUAAAUUGCUCUGUUUUUAAAUAACAUAUUCUUACCUAUAGCAAAGAUCCAAUGGUUCUUUGUCAAUGGGGUAUGCACUUACAUAAUUAAAUUCCCUACAAUAGCCUGCAGCACAAUUCUGGCCUUGCAUUAUGCCUGCUGCAAUAAUGCCUUCAUUAAAUGCUCAUUUCAGGUACCAUGAAAACUCUCAAUAAUGUAGUUAUGGUGCGUUGAGUACCCUGGCACAGUAUUGCCUUAAAGUGAGCACUGAGUGGCUGAGAGAAUCAGCUGCUAAGUCGAUUACUGCUAUCCAUUGUGAUAAAGGAUAUAAAUGUACGUAUAUUUGCUUGUAUUUGUAUCAGCUGACACUCAGCCAAUCACUAACUCUUCCUCACUAACGCUCUAAUACUCCACAGUAAAACACUGCUGGCAAUGUCCAGGCACCUUUACAUCUUCAUUGAAGUGUGCUAAUUUACAAUAAAACCUGAAUUUCCUGAGUUCUGGCUGAUAAUGAAAUGCAGAGUAAGCAUAAUUGCAUGCCUCUUGGGUUGAACAUUCUGGGAUUCCAUUUACUUGUUGCAUGCCUCUGGGGCUGGACAUUCUGGGAUUCCAUUUGCUGGUGGCAUGUCUCUGGGGCUUAAAAUCCUGGGAUUCCAUUUGCUGGUGGCAUGUCGCUGGGGCUGAACAUCCUGGGAUUCUAUUUACUGGUGGUCGGUCUCUGGGGAUGAUCAUCCUGGAAUUCCAUUUGCUGGUGGCUUGUUGCUGGGGCUGAACAUCCUGGGAUUCCAUUUACUGGUGGCCUGUCUCUGGGGCUGGACAUCCUGGGAUUCUAUUUACUGGUGGCCUGUCUCUGGGGUGGACAUCCUGGGAUUCCAUUUACUGGUGGUCUGUCUCUGGGGUGGACAUCCUGGGAUUCCAUUUACUGGUGGCAUGUCUCUGGGGCUGGACAUCCUGGGAUUCUAUUUACUGGUGGCCUGUCUCUGGGGUGGACAUCCUGGGAUUCCAUUUACUGGUGGUCUGUCUUUGGGGUGGACAUCCUGGGAUUCUAUUUACUGGUGGCCUGUCUCUGGGCUGGACAUCCUGGGAUUCUAUUUAAUGGUGGUCUGUCUCUGGGGUGGACAUCCUGGGAUUCUAUUUACUGGUGGCCUGUCUCUGGGGUGGACAUCCUGGGAUUCCAUUUACUGGUGGUCUGUCUUUGGGGUGGACAUCCUGGGAUUCUAUUUACUGGUGGCCUGUCUCUGGGGUGGACAUCCUGGGAUUCCAUUUACUGGUGGCCUGUCUCUGGGGCUGGACAUCCUGGGAUUCUAUUUACUGGUGGCCUGUCUCUGGGGUGGACAUCCUGGGAUUCCAUUUACUGGUGGUCUGUCUUUGGUGAUGAUCAUCCUGGAAUUCCAUUUGCUGGUGGUAUGUCCCUGGGGAUGGACGUCCUGGGAUUCCGUUUGCUGGUGGCAUGUCUCUGGGGAUGGACGUCCUGGGAUUCUGUUUGCUGGUGGCAUGUCUCUGGGGAUGGACGUCCUGGGAUUCCGUUUGCUGGUGGCAUGUCUCUGGGGAUGGACGUCCUGGGAUUCCGUUUGCUGGUGGCAUGUCUCUGGGGAUGGACGUCCUGGGAUUCCGUUUGCUGGUGGCAUGUCUCUGGGGAUGGACGUCCUGGGAUUCCGUUUGCUGGUGGCAUGUCUCUGGGGAUGGACGUCCUGGGAUUCUGUUUGCUGGUGGCAUGUCUCUGGGGAUGGACGUCCUGGGAUUCCGUUUGCUGGUGGCAUGUCUCUGGGGAUGGACGUCCUGGGAUUCCGUUUGCUGGUGGCAUGUCUCUGGGGAUGGACGUCCUGGGAUUCCGUUUGCUGGUGGCAUGUCUCUGGGGAUGGACGUCCUGGGAUUCCGUUUGCUGGUGGCAUGUCUCUGGGGAUGGACGUCCUGGGAUUCUGUUUGCUUUGGAUCUCAUCUCCCAUGAUUGUCUAACCAUUAUUUAACUGUUUUAACUAGUUGAGUGUCUAAGUAUAUAUUCAAAGUAUUCAUUUUGUACAUCAUACAGAAUAAUUAACUACUUCAAGGUGUUGUUUUUAAUUUUUUAAACAUGCCUUUAAGUUUCUGUAUUUACAAAAAAAAAGUUAAUUGUCUUCAUCUUCUUCCUCUUCUACUGAGAUACGUUGCUUUUAAAUGUUUCACAUCUCUAGCUCGGAGUGUAGCGAAGCACAAGCCUGACCAUAACACACUGGUGGAACACGCUGAGCCUCACUAGAACAUAUUUUAAGGUUACUUUUAAUCAGUUUAUUUAAGAAGAAUAAAUAUUACAUUUUAUCACUCAAAA